AUGCCUGCUGAUGAGCUGUGAGAGAUACUUCUCUCUAACUUUAUACGACAGCUCGGAUUGACUUUCCCUUGAAAGCAUAAUAAUACCUGUCAGCUGAGCUCGUGCAAGGCGCGUGCGCAUCUUGGCUCUAUCGUGCUGAAUAUUUUCCUCUACUUUUCAAAGCCCUCUCUUGCAGCAUGAAGUGCAGUUAUGGCAAGGAGUAGCAAGUCAGUCGCGAGGACCCUGGAGGAUUUGACGUUAGACUCGGGUUAUGGUGGAGCCGCCGACUCCUUCAGGUCUUCCAGUGCGUCGCUGUGCUGCUCGGAGGCACAUGGGGGGACUCACUGGCAACUAACCGACUCAAUGCACAGUCGACACAACAGUCUGGACACUGUUAAUACGGUCCUGGUCGAAGACGCUGAGAUCCUGGAGAGCACCGGGCAGUGCGCGAAACUACCCGAGCUUGAGGAUGUGCCGUGGAGCCUCGGGGAAGUGGCAAGCGCGCUGAGCAGGGACGAGGAGAUGAGCUUACCGACCCCACCACAGGACGUCCUGCUCCGGCUGUCGGUGCUGGUCAGCCGGGCCCUGGUCCGGGUCGCCAAGGAGGCGCAGCGCAUGAGCCUGCGCUACGCCAAAUGCACCAAAUAUGAGAUCCAAAGUGCCAUAAAGAUGGUCCUGUCAUGGAGCGUGUCGAUGAGCUGCAUCAGCGCGGCCCUCAGUGCCUUGUCCCUGUACAACAUGAGCACUGAGGAGGACAAGUUCAGCCGCGGGAAGUCCCUGCGCUGCGGACUCGUCUUCAACGUGGGGAAGUUCUUCAGGUGGAUGGUGGACAGCAGGAUCGCGGUCAGGAUCCACGAGCACGCAGCGAUCUACCUCGCUGGGUGCAUGGAGAGCCUGUUCAGAGAGGUGUACGCGCGGGUUCUGCGCAGUGAGCUUCUGGAGCGCGAUAACGGGAUCCCCAAGUUCACCGUGGAGACCCUGGAGCAGGCCCUCAGCGGGGAUGCAGAAAUAUGGGGGUCUCUGCUACCUUGGCAACACCUGAUCUGUGGGAAGAAUGCGAGCGGUGUGCUCAGCCUACCUGAAGGUCUAACUCUUCACAGAGACCAUCAGCUGCAGCAGCAGCAACAGCAGCAGCAGCGAGCGGGGAAGAGCGGAGAGGGAAACGCCUACAGUCAGUCUGAGCUGCGUUCGGUUGAGCAGUGUUUACUGGCUACAAGAGUGGGCAGCAUCUCUGAACUCAGUGACCUGGUGUCCCGGGCCAUGCACUACCUUCAGCCUCUGUAUAUGAAAAACCACAACAAUGGGACGCCGAUCCACCAGAAGAGCGGUGCGAUCCAGUGGGCGCCCGAGGCGAUCUACACGCUUUGUUACUUCAUGCACUGCCCGCAGAUGGAGUGGGAGAACCCCAAUGUGGAGCCUUCCAAGGUCACACUUCAGACGGAGAGGCCGUUCAUGGUGCUGCCUCCUCUGAUGGAGUGGGUGCGUGUGUCUGUGGUCCACACAGAGCACAGACGCAGCUUCUCUGUGGACAGCGAUGACGUCCGGCAGGCUGCCAGGCUGCUGCUGCCUGGAGUGGACUGUGAGCCUCGCCAGCUCCGAACGGAUGACUGCUUCUGUGCCUCGAGGAAACUGGAUGCUGCCUCGACUGAAGCAAAGUUCCUGCAGGACCUGGGCUUCCGCAUGCUCAGCUGUGGACGCACGGACCUGGUGAAGCAGGCUGUCAACCUGCUGGGGCCCGAUGGCAUCAACAGCAUGAGUGAGCAGGGAAUGACCCCGCUGAUGUACGCCUGCGUCCGUGGAGACGAGGCCAUGGUGCAGAUGCUGCUGGAUGCAGGAGCGGAUAUUAACAGCGAGGUGCCAAACUCAGUGCACAAGCACCCCUCAGUCUUUCCCGAAACGCGGCAGGCGACGCCCCUCACAUUCGCUGUGUUACAUGGACAUGUGCCUGUGGUGCAGCUGCUGCUUGAUGCCAAAGCCAACGUAGAGGGCUCCCUGCAGGACGGGAUGGAGAACUACACAGAGACCCCGCUGCAGCUGGCUGCGGCUGCAGGGAACUUCGAGCUGGUGAGUCUUCUGCUGGAGCGGGGGGCCGACCCCAUGGUGGGAACCAUGUACCGUAACGGCAUCUCAACAGCACCACAGGGAGAUAUGAACUCUUACAGCCUGGCAGCAGCUCAUGGACACAGAAACGUGUUCCGCAAGCUGCUGUCCCACACAGAGAAAGGGAAAGGGGAUGUGCUAUCACUGGAGGAGAUUUUAGCGGAGGGGUCGGAGCUGGAAGGUCGUAGUUCAUCUCAGAUUGACCUGAUCCGGACCGGGAAGGCCAAACUCAAAGCCCUGAAAGAAGCCAUGUACCACAGCUCAGAACACGGGCAUGUAGACAUCACCAUAGACAUACGGAGCCUUGGUAUUCCAUGGACUCUGCACACUUGGUUGGAGUCUCUGAGGACCUGCUUCAGUCAGCACCGGCGACCUCUGAUCCAGGGUCUGCUCAAAGAGUUCAGCUGCAUCGAGGAAGAGGAGUACACUGAGGAGCUCAUCACGCACGGCCUGCCUCUGAUGUUCCAGAUCCUCAGAGCCAGCAAGAAUGAGGUGAUCAGCCAGCAGCUGUCGGCCAUCUUCACCCAGUGUUACGGCCCGUACCCCAUCCCCAAACUGGUCGAGAUCAAGAGGAAGCCGGCGUCACGUCUGGAUCCUCACUUCCUGAACAACAAAGAGAUGUCAGAUGUGACUUUUUUGGUGGAGGGGAAACCUUUCUACGCCCACAAAGUCCUGCUCUUCACAGCCUCCAACAGGUUUAAAACUCUCCUAGCAAACAGACCUUGUGGUGAAAACACAUGCAUCGAAAUCAGUAAUGUCAAAUAUCAUAUUUUCCAGCUGGUGAUGCAGUAUCUCUACUUUGGAGGGACAGAUGCUCUGCACAUCAGAAACACAGACGUCAUGGAGCUCCUGUCUGCAGCCAAGUUCUUCCAGCUGGAGGCGCUGCAGAGACACUGUGAGAUCAUCUGCUCCAAAAACAUCAACACUGAGACGUGUGUGGAGAUCUACAACCACACGAAGGUGAAAAAUAGAAGAGAAUAUUUUCUGGAUGCUCCAGACCUGGCAUCCUACAUCCAGGGCUACUUCUUGAAGAACAUGGUGAUGCUGAUCGAGCUGGAGCCGUUCAAACAGCUGCUCUACGACACUCCUCCAGACAGCCCGGGCUGUGAAAUCCUGCAAGACCUGGAGAAAUCUUUAGCCAGCCGCAUCCAGUCCAUCCACCUGUCGUCCUCUAAGGGCUCCAUCGUCUGAUCCCCUGAGCGCAGAGGUUAUCUUCAGAGAGACAGCAGAAAUGUGACUCUGUGCUGAGAGCUACAUCUGAAGCAAGACCAAAAUAAGACUUGUGGACCGUCCAGUUACGAUCUUUGUCUCUGUGGAGCUCAUCAGUUGCUAAUAUGCUUCCUGUUAUCACAGAUUGUUAGGAGAUAUCUGUCAAUAAUUACAGUACUAGAUGACUGUCGUAAGAUAGCUGCAUUAUGCCAAAAUAACAUUCAUUACUGUAACAAUGUACAGUGAUCUAGAUGGAUCAGGUGAGAGACGUUGGCAGCAGUGUGUGGAGACCAUUGACUGUAUAUGGAGAUGGUCUCCACCUCUGCCCCCUGGUCUGUUGUACAAAAGUGAAGCCAAAACACCCUCCAAGACAGACGCUGACAUCCUGGCCAGAGUCUGAGCAAAGAUGGACUGGUGGAGCUGCUCUGUUGACAUCCUUCCUCUAACCAAACAUAUACCUGAGUGAUCAGAGCUCCCUCAGGUGGUUCCAGUCCUCAGCAGAACAGAUCCUUGUGUGUGAGCACAGCACUGCAGGAGCCUCCUUGGUCAACAGAUCAGUCAAUCAUGAUGCCACAACCCCUCUUUUUAUAGCAUCAAAUAACUAAUUCAAACGAAAUUAGUCAGAAAAAUAAACACUGUGACAUAAAUCAGUGUGAUAAGAACUAACUAUGAUGACAGAAACCAUGUUUGACAAACAUUUAUUUAACCUGAAUUUUGAGAUUAGAGUUUGACCCAUGCCCCAUCUGUUAACAUGGAGGAGGCGGGGAUUACGACCUGUACUGCAGCCAGCCAUUGAGGGCAGCUCCAAAUGUUUUGGCUUCACUUUGGGGGAGCUGUGAUGCCAUCAUUCUUUUUAUACAGUCCUUGAUAGAGACAAUAAGCCAUCAGCGUGUCUCCCCCUGUCUGCGGGGAAGAACUGCUGCCCCAUGUUGUGAUCACUCGCUUUAACACAUGGACCUGUACAGAGUCAUUGAUGUGUAUAUUUGUCACUUAGCAUCACUUGUGCUAAUACUCUCAAAGCCAAACCACUGACACGUUCCUGUAAUGUGACCGAUGCAGUAGAAGAACUCUCUCAGCCAAGAGGAAACAGGACUCUUCCUUCCUCUGCUAAGGUGUAAAUAUUGUUCAUAAAAACAGAGCUAUUGAAGAUGUAAGUUAAUGUAUAUAUCCACAGAUGUUUUCUCAUGUGUCUUAUUGGAUAUUGCUGUAAAAACAACUUUUAAAUAACAGUGUUUAAAUGUUGCAUGUCAGAGGGAUGACUGUGUUUUGUUUUGUUUCUGUUUGAAAUGUUGAGAUCUAACAGAGGAGCUGCGUUCACAUCGUAAAGACUGAAACACAAGAGAGAGUAUUUUUGUCAUCAGCAUGGGUCACUAAAUGUGUAACAGCCCAAAAGUGUCUGAGGAACAUGAUGCUGUUAGCUUUUUGUUUUCCAGGGAUUGUGAAACCAAAUGAGUUGUAAAUGUGUGACUUGAUUUAUCUUUCCUCUAUAAAGAUUAAUUUAACGAG